CGUACUAUUCGUCACAAAAAGAGAAGAGGUAGAUUCUACCAUUAUACGUCUCUGAUUCUACCAAGAAAAUUAUAGAAGAUGCCGAACAUCAAGUUACAGAGUUCUGAUGGAGAUAUAUUUGAGAUAGAAGUUGAUAUUGCUAGGCAAUCUGUCACCAUCAAGACAAUGUUGGAAGACUUGGGUGUUGAUGAGGAUGAUGAAGAGCCAGUCCCUCUCCCAAAUGUUAAUGCAGCAAUCCUAAAGAAGGUAGUACAGUGGUGUACAUAUCAUAAGGACGACCCACCACCACCAGAGGAUGAUGAGAACAAAGAAAAACGUACAGAUGAUAUCUGUUCAUGGGAUGCAGAAUUCCUCAAAGUUGAUCAAGGAACACUAUUUGAAUUAAUUCUGGCAGCCAACUAUCUGGAUAUCAAAGGUUUACUGGAUGUCACAUGUAAGACUGUAGCCAACAUGAUCAAAGGCAAAUCACCAGAGGAAAUAAGAAAAACAUUUAAUAUCAAGAAUGAUUUCACGCCAGCAGAGGAAGAACAGGUACGAAAGGAAAAUGAAUGGUGUGAAGAAAAAUAGAUAUAUAGAUUGUAAUCUGUCCUGUCUCCUUGUAUUUAAAAAGCAACUGAGAUGUUAUAUAAACUAUCGGAGUAGGCUCUCACCUCAACAUCAAUCAUAUAUCUUAUUUAUGGACUUUACUGAAGCCUGUUGUGAGUAAUCUCCCCUGGUCCAACAGAGAAGGACAAAAAUCUACUGUCAAGUUGGUGACAAGAUUUUUGUGAAGACUCAUAGGGAUGUGUAUUCUGAAACUAUGUGGCAAAUACUGUAAUGAGACUGGCUAUUCCUGAGCAAGCAUUAAAUGGCUAGCCAGUUACUGUUUAUGUAACUGAUUUUUCUGGAGGUCAUCUAUGCCAGUGUAAUGAUCACAUGUUUAUCUGUACAUGUUUGUCCCUUUAGCACAGCUUGUUUUACCUGAAGGUGAUAUUUUGUAUAGUAAAAUGCAAAUGUAUUAAAAAAGUAAUUUAACAUUUGAAGAAGGCUUAGUAUUGUGUUAUGGAACAUUUCAAUACAACCGUUUGGCAUUGAGCGUGUACAUGUAUCUGUUGAAUUCUAAUUUCUAAUUUAAAAAUAAGCAUACAUUUCAUUUCCAUACUGUGAUUCAGUGGAUGGGUUUUAAUUAUUUGAAUAACAACAUGUAUUUGUGACAUAUUAGUUGUUCUUUUGAAAGACUUUGAAGCUAGUCUAGUUCCGGUCUCUUUUUGUACAUUUGUAUUUGUGUAUAUAGCUUUUUUUUCUCAUUUUCUAUGUUUUAUCUAAACAUUGAAUCCGGUACAUUGUUAAGCUAAAUGUAAACAUUUUACUAUGUAAGAAUUAGACUGCCAGUACUAGCAAGAAAGCAUCCAAAUAGAUUUUAGCUUUAUGGAUUUCUUGUUAAUUAUUGAAAAUUCUGAAAUGUGAUUCAUUCUUGAGUGUAAACCCCAUACAUUACAUAUACAUAGCUGAUGAUACAUCUAUCAAAGAAAAGAUACAGAAGUUUGAUAGUGCUAUAGAUAAUAGAAUAAUAGUGACAUUCACUGUUUUUAAUCAUUCUUUGAGCAAACCUCUAAAUGUGUAUGUUCCUUCAGGUUUAAAGAAUGCUUUAACUGCCAAUAUUGUUAACAUGAAAAGGAGGAAAUUGUCCAUGUCGUGGGAUGUUAUACCUACCACACCUCAGUGUUUUUGUUUCCUCUUUUCUUCUUUCUUAAUUUUGUUGGUUGUUUUAAAGAUAACAUUCUAUCGUGAUUUUUAUGUAUAAAAGUAGGAUUAAUAGAAUCUCUUUUUGCAUUAAACUAGUAAUAAGAAGUGCCAUGUAUAUUCAGUCUUUUAAAUCUCCAUAUUAAGAGUAUUUUAAUAUACGUGGUUUACUAUGAACAAUGGUCCUAAAAACUUAUUUUCCUGACUAACUGGUUGUGUUCUGUCAGGAUUUCCUGGUUUGAUGUUUCGCUUACUCUGCCCUUUAAUUCUGAUGAUUGUGUUUCCUUGUUUGUGUGAUAAUUCAUGAAUCCACAUUAAAUCCAUGUCAACAUUU